GCGAAGGCGCAGCAGCGCAGGAACAUCAAGUGAUUGCUUUUUUCAGUUAUCAUGUAGUUCACGUAUUUGCUUUCGUCUGUCAUAGUUACUUUUUCGAUUGGCCGAAGAGGGGCAUUGGUUUUGUUCACCUACAUGAUAGUACAUGUACAUCACAUUCACAGUCAUGACAGUACAUGUUCAUGAUCGGGGGUUCAUCAUGGUCAUCGUCAUGUACCGCGCUCCUGCGUUCGUCAUGACAUGUUUGUACUGCAGUGGACAGUCGAAUAGGCCUAAAAAGCUGCCAAAAGUGAAAGGACAGUCCAGCCUCUUCCUAUAUGGGCCUACACACCGUUGAAACAAAUGGAUCUGACAAGCAUCAGAUAGGCCGUAUGAUACUGUGCUACAACGUUGGAUUAAUGGUGCUUGAUCACAGACCUGUCCCUUCAUUGGUGAAUAGAUGGCGACACUGCUUUUCUUCUGUGGAAUCGGUCUGAGGCGGACUCUGCCCAAAGUUUUGACCCUGCCUAGACACACGAAGCCCACAUUCAAAAACCUAAGUAUGGAUGUUACAACUGACCAGCUGAAGCGAGAUGCCAGGAGCAUCUUUGCCGCUGGUGUGGAUGCAGUGCUGCCUCAUCGCAUGGUUGCCAAGACCCUCAGUUGCCACGGUAACUGUCUAACUGUCAGUGGGAAACAGUACAAGGUUGACCACAAUGUGUACGUUGUAGGCUUUGGCAAGGCUGUUAUCGGCAUGGUGGGGGCCGUGGAUGACAUCCUUGGGGAACACAUCCAGCUUGGUGUUGCCAGCGUGCCCUUUGGCAUACAAGAAGCCCUCAAAAAGGCUGGAAGAAUCGACCUGUUGCCAUCUGCUGCAUCCAAAGUCACAAUCAUUGAAGGAGCCAAGAACAACCUUCCCGACAGCGACUCUCAGCGGGCAGCAGAGAGAAUUACCGAGCUGACCGAGGGGCUCGGCGAGGGGGACCUGCUGAUUGUUCUUGUGUCAGGUGGCGGUUCGGCUCUUCUCCCAGCCCCCACCCCCCCAAUCACUCUGCAGGAUGUGUACGAGGUAUCGAGGACCCUUGCCAGAAGGGGCUGCACCAUCGCCGAGCUGAACACUAUCAGGAAGCACCUGUCGAGACUGAAGGGCGGCAGACUAGGCCAGCUAGCCUAUCCUGCCCAGGUGAUCAGUCUUAUUUUGUCGGACAUCAUUGGUAACCAGCUAGACAUGAUCGCCAGUGGGCCUACCAUACGAGAUGACUCCACACCACAAGAUUGCCUGGACAUCAUUUCAAGUCUUGGAGCAGCAGACGCCAUCCCCAAAUCUGUCUUCCGUUUCCUUCAAGAGAAGGUUGUCGCAGACGCAGCCAUUGAGAAACCAGAAUCCGCGUCUUGUGACCACGUCCUGAACCUCUGCAUCGGACAUAAUGAAAUGGCUGCAGAGCAUGCUAAAAGAUAUGCCGAGGACUUGGGCUAUGCGGCCAUGUUGAUUUCAACCGACCUUUCAGGGGAGGCCAGAAAAGUUGGGGAGAUGUUUGUUGAAAUGGCAGCUUACUCCUGUGAAUCGUACAAUGUAAAGCAAAGAGGAUGUGCUAACCACAACAUGAAGACGCUUGGUCAAGACCUCAUCAGGCUGCAUGGACUUCAGGCAGAAACCCUUGAAAAAAUCCAAGCUAUUGUAGACACUGCCUACAGUAGGAAAGCACCAAUAUGUUUGAUUGGCGCUGGUGAAACAACGGUGGCCGUGACAGGCAAAGGCAGGGGCGGAAGAAACCAAGAGAUGUCAUUGGCUGUCGCCUUGGCAAUGAAACGCCAAUCCGAUCUUGAGAAACUCCUGCAUGAUGGCUACCGUGCUGUGUUCCUCAGCGCUGGAACUGAUGGCCAAGAUGGACCAACUGAUGCUGCCGGUGCAUUGGCCGAUCCCAGUCAGGUGACUCUGGCCAGCCAAUCAGGAAUUGAUGCGGAAACCGUACUUAAGAAUAAUGAUUCCUAUUCGUUCUACAGUCAACUGAAUGACGGAAAGGAUUUACUGAAAACUGGUUUGACUGGAACCAACGUAAUGGACCUACAAGUCUUGCUGGUGCUUCCGCCAGACCAAGCUGAGACAUAGCAAAGGAGGGAAAAGGUGACUUUGAGAAAUACACUACCAAUUCUAACUUCAUCAAACCAUCCCCAUUCUUAAACAUCUUCAUCUAAUGUUGCAGCAGUUCAGUGGAUUUAAGACUCAGUUUCAUUCAGCAGAAAGUUUUACAGAGCAAAUUGAUAUGGAGCAAAUUGACCAGGGAGCCAGUGUCAAGUGUUCAGCUUUUGGCCGGUAACCUGUUUUUACUAAGAAUGCAUUGUAUAUGCUGUGCAGAUUUCUCUACGUAAGCAGCUCUGUGAAGUUACCCCUUAACUGUACUUCCCAGCCACCUCUGUUUAUUAAACUUGGCUUGGGAGUCAAGUUUUGUUAAAGUACAAAAUGUGUGAUUACUUCUACUGCACUGCAUUUGAUUUUGGCCGAGAGCUCGUGGGGGGCUUGGGUUAAAGGUUUCCACAGAAAUUACGGCAAUAACUCAAUGUGGUCACACGCGAGAUCAAGGGCAAUAAUUGAUCAUCUUGCCCAAAUGCAAAAAUUAUCUCACAAAGAGAUACCAAAUAUAAUGUUCAGUUGCUUGAAAUGGUCAGUUUUGGCACAGAAACACAUUAAUUAAGU